AUGCGAACUGAGAGUGUCGGGCCAGGCGGCAAGUGGAUCAAGUGUGAUGUGUGUCUGGCAGAGCUACAAGUGAGCGGCGAGUGCCGACCAGGCAACAGCAGAAGCUCAGUGAACAUCAUAUACAAAAGGGCAUUCAAGAAAUUGCAAAUCGACCGAAGUGAACUACUGCCAAUGAUGACCCUGCUCUAUGGUUUCACGGGUAACAAAGUAUUGUCGAUUGGCCAGACCAAGUUGGCCAUCUCACUCAGUAAAGAGCCCCUGAAGAGGGCAAGGAUCACGAACUUCAUUGUGGUAGACACACCAUUAGCCUACAACGUUAUCUUAGGCCGACUAGCACUCAACAAGUUUCGAGCGGUAGUGUCCACCUACUUCCAGAAGAUUAAGGUUCCGGUGGACAAUAAGGUGGGAGAAGUCAAAGGUGACCAAUUGGCCGCUGGGCGAUGUUACGCCGAGAUGGUCAGAUCAAAAGCGAGGACCGCUCGAAAAAACCCGUGCCUGGAAGUAAAUGCCAUCAUUGAGAAGCCCCCUACACUGGUUUAUGAAGAAAAGGAGGAGGUCCAGAUCCACCCAAGCCAGUUAGAAGCAACCGCCUUCAUUGCCGCCGAUCUGGAGAAUGAGAAAAAGCCAGGCAACAAAUGGUGGGUGUGCAUCAACUUCCGCGACUUGAAUAAGACGUGCCAGAAGGAUUUCUAUCCACUACCCCGGAUAGACAAGAUGGUGGACUCUACGACGGGCUGCGAUCUGAUCUGCAUGCUAGACGCAUAUCAGGGCUGCAACCAAGUGUCACUCGCCAAAGACAAUCAGGAAAAAGUUAGCUUUAUCACGACCGACGGAACAUUCUGCUACAACGUCAUGUUGUUCGUAUUGAAGAACACCGACACCACCUACCAGAGGCUCAUGAACAAGGUGUUUCGGAAGCAGAUCGACCGCAACUUGGAAGUAUACAUCGAUGACAUAUUAAUAAAGUCAAUCUGA